CGUUCCGCGUUUUCGCAUGUUGUGGUGAACAGAUAAUGGAAUAAAAUAAUUCCAGUUGUCAGAUCAAUAAAAGUCGGUGAUUCAAGGAGAUCACGCGAUAUGGCCGAGUCUAAGAAAAGUGGUAAAAAGGCUCAAAAAUCAAGUACUGAAAGCAAGGUUGAUACUGGUGCUAACUCGAGUAGUUCUAGUGAUAGUGACCAGGAAGACAAAGAUGAAAGUGCAGGGCAGAUAGGCCGAGGGCUUGGUACUGCAGCUGCAAUAAAUCGAGAAGAAUAUCUACAAGCCUAUAGAAACCUCACGUUUGACAGAAAUCAAUUACAAAUGAAAAACAAUAUACUACAUCGGAGAUUAGCAGAAUAUUACAAAAAAAGAAAACUGGAGCAUGUUUUGAAGCCAUUAGAAGGUGCAGUCGAUUUAGAAGACAAAUAUCAACAAAAAUUGUUCUCCUACGAAGAACUAAAAGCAAAAGAAGAAAGGGAAAUUGCCGAUAUAAAAUCUAAAGUGCAUGCUGUGCAAAUACAAUAUGAAGACAAAUUGGAAAACACGGAAAAGAAAUUCAAUGGUCUACAACAUCUAGAAAGGUCUACAGGUAGUGGGCUUAUAUACUCAAAGAAAGGAAAGCCAAUAGCUGAUAAGACUGUGGAGCGUUUCUUGACCCUUCAGAGACGUAAAAGUGAACAAUCUUCUGCUUUAUGUCUCCGAUAUAUCAGAGUAAGAAACGCUGUCGCUGAACUGGAAGCGAUUGUGAGAAAACUGGAAAUGCUUGGUCCGGGACUUUACGUUGCACAAUACGAGCAGCUAUCUAUAGAUCACCAGAAUUUUAUGACUAAAAUUGAAGAGCGUGAUGAUGAAUUGAUAAGAAAUCGUACUAAAUGCACAGAGCAUAAUCAGAUCUUAGCUCAUAUAAGAGAAAAAAUGCAUCACACCGAUGAAGUAAUUGAUACAACCGAAUGUGAUCUGGGUGAUGCAGAAAUAGAGUUUCUACGCGCUAGAGAAGACCUCGGACAAGUAAAGAGUCGUCGCGACAGACUACGCUGGUCGCUUGAAGCAGAACGAAUGAAAGCGGGCAUGUUGACAAGGAGGGAUCUUUUGCGUGACUUCCAAGACGCUACAGACGAGGUGGGAAAAUUAAGACAGAAAAAAGAAUUACUGGAACAACAAAUUGCUGAUACUACUCGCAAGUUGAGAGAGGUACGAAAAUGUAUGCAACUACAACGUGGCACAAACCAAGAGGCUUCCAAUACUAACGUCUGAUUUUGAAACAGACGUUUGAAAUUAUAAAAAAAUAUUAUUCUAUAUAUAUAAAUAUUAUUCCUUAU